UAAUUACAUAUUUGACUCAAUAACGCAAGAUAUCUUAAACCAUGCAUAAUUUUCACUACAUCGCCGUCUUGAUUUUUAUUUGUGUGAUAUACGACGGAAAAGUAAACGCGAUAUGUUGCUACGCCACUGCUGGAUGCACCUACUGCGACGACUGUACGCCAGCCGGUCCAUACUGUUCGACCGGAGGGUGUAACAUUUUCGGCUGCAAUUGUGCCGGUGUGUGUCGUACCGGUGAACUUUGCCCGAUCGGCGCGGUAGGAAGGCGGGGUCAAAGGGUCGCCGCGGGGCCAAACUGUAAUAUCCCAUACGACCGAUUGGCUCCCCAUUGCGCGAUUGUAAUGCCAGGACGGACCUCGUGGGAGUGGGUGCACGCUUGUACGACGCGAGGAAAGAGAUCGCUUGGGACGGCACGUGGACUUAAUCGGUUUCACGCGGGACACGAUUUUGAUAAGUUGGGGCACAAUGUUAGCCACGUGUUUCACUUAGCGGAUAUUAACUUGGAUGGGAAGCUGAGCUAUGGUGAAGCCUACAAAUACUUGGAAAACGUGCCAGGCCUGAAUGUUGAUCAGGUUGGGGACGAAGUGGCGAAACUGGACAAAGAUAUGGAUGGAUAUUUAAUAAUGUCAGAGUUAGAUUGACAGACUGUAUAAAUAUAUGCAAACAAACUACUAGUUGCGCAUAUUGUCAUGUAUGGCUUGAUUUAUGAAUAAAUAUACAUAUUUCGUGUAUGCAGAAUCCAUUAUACAUACAUCGUUUC